GGCAUUGGCUCUGCCACUGCACUGCAACGGAAAAGGGGCUCGGCAAAGUUGAUCUUAGUGCUGCCUGAGAAAGUAAAACACGGCACUUCUCGCCACUUUCGAUCCUGACGUGACGGGCAUAGUUCAAAAGGCUAUGGCAUUAAAAGGCUGAUCAAAAAAAAUCUACUUUAAACCAAGCGGGAUGGAAGGAGCAUCGCUGAUAUACAUUUUGUUAUAACUAUCCGCGAACAAUUGGACGAGCAGCUUCAAUUUCACUAAUACCUACACGAUGUGCGGAGAAAGAGACACAUAAGAGAAUAAAAUUCCUCCGGUUUGCCAUUUGCUGUUGCCGAAACCGCUGAUGAUAUGUGGUUGCGCCUGGAAGAAUGGCACCGAGUUUAUUUAAUAAUUUUUCAGCUUUCUAUGUGGAAUAUUCACAGAUCUCCUAAAGAGAACGGCGCUUGUACGCUACCUCUUAGUAGUAAUAAUAAUACUGACUCAUUCACUGCAGAAAUAAUCAUUAGCUAAUAUGCGCUACGUUACGCUGAUCCUUUCUAUUCAACUUCAAUACGAGGUGUAGGAGUACCGGGGAAAAGAAGCCACAUGCCGUAUUCGUCUCCAGCGGCAUCCACCUGCUAUCCCUCCGUCUAUCCCAUCUCGCAAAGUUGGUGACUAUCAAGGUCUUUGUCGAGGGUCAUCAGUAUAAAGGAAGUAGUUGGAUGCCCAAAGAAAACUAGGCAUUCAAAGUAAAACUACUUUACUUGUGAGCGCUGCCUUUGUUUUUUCCCUUUUCUUUUCUUUUUUUUUUGUGCCAUUUGGAAACAUGCGCUAGUGUCUGCGUUUGAUGGAUGCUGCUGGGCAUAGUCUGCUUUGAGUAACAGUACUCAGAGAUCUGGGAUUGAAUACUUUCAUUUGGCACCACUGAAGUUUUUUUUUUCAUCAAAAAUCGUGGAUUAUUUAGAGGUAGAGCAUACACCAUAACAACAACCGAAGCGUGGAUAUUUUGAUUUUAAAACCAGUGGAAUCGUACCAGGGGCUAACGACCUGUGAGGAAAUUAUAACACAUUUAUAAAGAGGAACACAUAUUUAAGAGGAGGUUUCAUUAUAUUACAUUUCCCUGACUCGGAGUUUUGUUGGAUUUAUCAUGAUGUUCAUGAGUAUUUUAGGAUACUUGUUUCUAUUUGAUAAAACGAUUAGUUCCUCGGCCAGCUCCUCAGCCUUGUCCGCGUCAGGAACCCAUGGCUGGAGGACCCCGGUGGACUGUGUGAAGGCCAGUGACAUGUGCAACCAGAGCCCUCAGUGCAGCUGGCGAUACCGCAUCAUGCGCCAGUGCUUGGUGGGCAGAGACCGGAACGCCAUGUUGGCCAGCAAGGAUUGCCAAGACGCCCUUGAAGUACUGCAGGAGAGCCCUCUGUAUGACUGCCGCUGCAAGCGUGGCAUGAAGAAGGAGCUACAGUGUCUGCAGAACUACUGGAGCAUCCACAUGGGCCUGACUGAAGGGGAGGAGUUUUAUGAAACAUCUCCGUAUGAGCCAAUGACAAUCCACCAUUCUGAUGUGUUUCGACUGGCAUCUAUUAUCUCAGGAAUCGAUUCCACCACAGCAAAAGGGAACCAGUGUCCCGACCAGAGCAAGCCCUGCAACUCCUGCCUGGAUGCAGCCAAGGCCUGCAACCUGAAUGACACCUGCAAGAAGCAGCGCUCCUACUACAUCUCUACCUGUAACAAGGAGAUGCCUGGCCAGUCGGUGGUGCCAUCAGCUACACGGGCAGAGCCCUGUAAUCGCAAGCGAUGUCACAAAGCCCUGCGUCAGUUCUUUGACCGCGUGCAGACGGAGUACAGCUACCGAAUGCUCUUCUGCCCCUGCCAAGACACCGCGUGCGCUGAGAGGAGACGGCAGACGAUCGUGCCCUCCUGUGCCUUCGAAGAGAAGGUCAAGCCCAACUGCUUGGAGCUGAGAAAAACCUGCCGGUCUGACCCUCUGUGCAGGUCAAGACUGGCUGACUUCCACAUGAACUGCCAGACGACGCCACACUCCAUUACUAACUGUCCAAAUGAAAACUACCAGGCUUGUCUGGCCUCUUAUAUCGGUCUUAUAGGAUCUGACAUGACGCCGAACUACGUGGAUGCCAGCUACACCAACAUAACCAUCUCCCCAUGGUGCACGUGCCGGGGAAGUGGGAACCAAGAGGAAGAGUGUGAAAAAUUCCUGCGGGACUUCAAGGAGAACACCUGUUUACGGAAUUCUAUUCAAGCCUUUGGCUAUGGACCAGAAACAGACUCCUUUACUAAGCCAGUUCCAGUCACACCUUCACUGAGUCCCGAUGUGGAGCUGGUGAGCCUGUCAGAACCCUCUGUCAACCACAACGAUAUCAAGCCUGGAGAUGAUGCUUGCGUUUUCUCUACCUGCGCCAAUCUGGAAAAUGGACCCAAGUGUAACCUGUCUAAUGACUAUAUGUGCAAAGCUGAGCAAACAUUAAUGGAGAGAACCACAAGGAAAGAUCUGGAUGAAGGGAGGUCUUUUGGUGCCACCCUCAGUACCAGGGCAGCAGUGGUCUGCCUUCCCUAUGUCCUGGUCAGACUAGCUCUAUAAAACGUUCUAUUGUCCCCUCACUGAAGCCAAGGAGAAGUGCACAAACAUACCGCAACAGACUUAUGACCUAUGGAAUCCAUAUUCUGUUUCUGCAGUAUUUCUUUCCUCUGACAAUGACAACUGCGACUCAAGGAAUGCGUGAAAUUCUACCAUGUCGGCUCCUUGGCAUAGCAGCGAGAAAGAUGGCUGCAAGUUGUGAUUACUCUAGGUUCCAAAGUCACAAAGGAGUAAUUACAGGAAAAGUACUGCAUCAGGCCGUCUGCCUGAGAAUGGCUGUUCUAGCAAACAGUUAUUAACUCCAGAUAGGGAAGUAGCAAGUGAAUUUCCCUUAGGUGCAAUGGCUAUAAGCCUUGAGCAAAGGGAAUAUACCUUUUGCUUUGCAGAAAGUGGCUUCAUGUCUCCAAACUGUCCAGGCCCAACUCCCAUCCUCUUUCCUUCUUCUCGCGCAUAGUGGUGAAAGUUCCACAGCUAAUUUGUUUUUCAUCUACUCAUAGACUUGUUUUACAUCUAUAGAUUUUCUUUUUAUAUAUUUUUCUUCAGGACACUGGCUUUUACCUUCUUGGUUAAAAUGUAAACCCGUUCUGUUAAAACAACAUAUUAUGUUUUGUAGGCAAAUGCCUACAGAUCUUUUAUGCUAUUCUGUAUUUUGUCGAUGAAAUCUCAAAAAGGGAAAAAAAAUGAAAAGAAAAAAUGCUCAAAAGGUGUAAACAUAGUUUUCACUGGAAACAAGUUCUUGGAAAUCGGGGGAGGGCAGCCUCCCACUCUUAAUGUGUAUAAUUUGUCUGUGAGUAUAGAUAAAAAGUGUUUUUCCUUCAAAUGUACUAAUGUAAUUUCAUAUGUACUAAAAAAAUUAAAAGAGCAAGAUGGUGAGCAAGAUGGAGGAGGACAAACAGCAGAAACGAAGUACAGCAGCUGGUCUGAGGAAACAGUGUCCAGUGUCAUAACUGUAGUCUUAGGCUGUCCUCUGUGUAAUUGUUGUUUGCCUAUACAGACUCUGGGCAUUCUUUAAGGAACAGUGCUGAGUAAACUAAGCUUUAUUGGCUUAGACAGUUAAUAACUGAUGUAUAUUAUAGUGUGCAAUCUAUUGCGUGGCCUUAUUCUUUUAUUUAUUUUAUUUUUCAUUUAUUCUCUCUCCAGUGUGUUGUUACUUCAUGUGACAUUUCAGAGGGUAAGAGAGCCACAAAAAAAAACAGCAAAAAAAAAUUGAUAUGUUUUGGAAAAGCAUUUUUAUCCUCGUAAAUCCAGUUCUACAAGUUAAACUGACUUCCAGUAACAUUCCAAAACUGAGAAAAAAAUGCAGUGGAGAAACCUGUCAUCUGAGAACGUGGACUUUUUGUAGACAAUAAUGAAUGCUCACAGCAACUCCAUCACAUUAUACAGUUGAGACGAUUCACAGUGUCAAGUAAAUUCAAAGCAGUUGCAUCAGUGGAAUGUAAAACAAUUGUGGGCACAGUCUAGGUGUUCGUAUAUCUAACAUUUUAAGUCUGGUAUAUAUAAUCCUGGUUCAUGAAUAACACAUAACAAUGCUGAAAUUAACCUAUUAGUAAUCUGACAUAUAUGCUAGAAUGAUUAAAAUAUAUACUGUUUGAACCAUGCCCUUUGCUUGUACUAGCUUUCUCAUUAGCAUGGUAACGGGCCAGAAGUUUUAAAAAGCUUAUUAAUGAGUUUCAAUGUCAGAAAAGGAAAGGAAGCAAAAACAAACAACCCGGCUUCUUGGCUGCUCCUUAUCAUGUUUUCUAUGGUGUUCAGGAAUUGCACCAUUGCAUAACAUAAAGAAAAGAAAUGCAACAUUAACAUGACAUUAACAUGGACAUUUAGCACCAGGCUUCAGGCUUUCUUCCUCAUCAUACUUUUUUUUUUUUAACAUGGACGUGCUGCUUCACAAUCCAAAGCAGGGCUUCCUUCCUUAUUUCGUCUUGUUUGAAAUUAUGGUAUUACAGCAAGUGAUGUCAUUCAGAGUACUGCACUAAAAAUUUAUUUAUGUGCAAGGUAUUAUUAUGUUUCACUUAUGCUUAAUCACUGUAUCUAAACCAUCUUGAAAUUAUAUCCAUUAACAGAGCUGCAUCUUUUACUGGUGCACCUUACCUAGCUCAUGGACACAAGAGCAGACGUCCAUUGAGAGACGAUCCGGUAGCUUUCAGGUUACAAAUCUGUGGCCUUAUCUACCAGCUCACCUGCUCCCGGGGUAACAGUUCCCAAUUUGCAACUUGCAUAGUUACGGUUAUAAUGAUGUAAGGUGCUAACGUUGUUUAGCAAAUAUGCUUUUUGGAAACAUACUCCCAGUGCAUGUUGUUAUUUUCCUUUUUGACAUGUAAUAGCUUUCAUUUGGUAUUCUUCUAGAAAAUCUUAUUCAUGAAUGUUCUGUACCUCCACCCCAAAUCAAACAUUCGUAGCUUCUUCAUAUAACUAUGAAAAUGGUAAAUGUCUACUUCAGAAAAAAAAAAAUAGAUGUCCUGAUGUUCUGCUUAAUAGAAUUUUUUUCUCAUUGAUAUGGAGCUACUUGUCGCUCGAUGCUUAGGCAAGCAUUUUUAUGUACUCUGAUGGAGUCAUUUCACUUUAAAAAAUGUCACAUAUAGCCAUGGCUUAUUCUUACCACUUGUAUUUUUAUUUGUGCUAAAAAAGUAUAACACAAAGGAUAAAAGAGGAAGUGCAGCAUAAACGACGUGCUAUCGAAUUUGAAAAUUAAUUAAAUUUGGCUUUACUCUGCCUUCAAUGGUUUUGAUAAUAAUGUCAUAUACAGCAAAAGCCAUAUGUCAAUUCACAACUGGAAGACAUUGUUUUCAAUGAUUCUGAAUGUCUUUUUUGUAUUGUAGAAUUAGAGUUAAAAAAAAGCAACUACAGAACAUGACAGAUUCCAGUCAAAGUGUCAUUAUGUUCAAGCUAAUCAAUUAUGCCGACUCAGCGCAGUGAGAAACCGACUGGACUGAUACAACAGGAUCUUCAUAAAAUGAAACAUGAAGAAACGGUGUACAAAUAAUUGGUUGGACUGAUUCAGCUAAUUUUGUGGAAUGAUUAAAAGAGGACAUGCAAAUAUGUUCUAUCAUGGCCAAAUGAUAAUUUAUACAGUAUGAAAUGAACAAAAGUAGACAAUUUAGGAAAAAUAAAUAUAUUUUUUAUAUGCACUUGGACAGGAUAAGGGGAAGGAUCACGAGGAAAGGGUUACAGUCAGAGUUAUUCAAAAAAUAUCUCCAUCCCUAAUGUUUAUAUUUUAAGCUGCAACUAAUUGAACAAAGUGGAAAUUGCCAUAUUUGUCAGGAAGGAGCGGGAUGCAAUGUUUUUUUUUUUGGUUGUAUUUACAGUAUUAGGUCAAGCUUCAGGGUCUCCAUAAGAAACGUCAUGGCAACAGCAGAAAGCAUUAGACUUAUGAGACAUUUUUCCAUUAUUAUUUACCAGGGAACAAUAUGGCUUAUAAAGUUCCUCAACAUACUUCAUAUGUUUCUGAAACUUCUUUUUUUUUUGUUGUUCUGUCUUUUUUUGCAGUUUCUACUGAACAUGAGAUCUUAAUAUCGCUAAACUACAAAUGCCUGGUGUGUGUAGCCUCUUCUAGCAACCAAAAGUUGCAGACCUCACAUCCCCACCUAAUCAGCCCCCCCAAAAAUGUUUGCACUCCAAAAACUGCCAGCAAGCAAGUAUCCUACAGAAGACAUCCUACCUAGAUGAUGAUUAUCUUACUGUAGAGUGCAGUGAUUUUUAAGGUCUCCCUAGCAGCAAUGCCUUUAUGGAUAAAAUAUCCUCCUUCAAUCUCCACUGCCCUACUCCAUGUAAUAUAAGACCAAAACCUAUAAAAAACAUGCAGGAGGUGGAUUAAAGCUAAGUCUGGCCCUUCGACCAAUGACAACGUAAGACUCACUACAGGGAGUCAUGACAACUGCCAAAAAACCAUAGUUUCACAGGAUUGAGAUUCAAUGAAGUUUUGUGUUCUUAAAAACAUGUAUUUAAUUAGAUAAUUCAUAUGAAUAAGUGUAGAUCUCCAUGGUACGUAAGGAUUGAUCAGAGUUGUCACACGACCAUAAAUUCCAUAUUUAAGGGAUUAAA